CAAAUAAAUUUCUAGCAAAACUCGGUCGUGUACCGGGAAUUGAUUCACCAGGCCCGCAAGUUGUAUGCAAUUUCGUCCCAUCUAAUACGUACGUUACACAGGCACACGCCGCAUGUGGCUGGGGCAUAAAUCAAGGAAGCUAAAAAUCACUAAACCUCUCAACGUUUUCGGGUAUUUCAGCCUCGCCCUCAAUUCUCACCUGGGUCCCAUACCCACACAUCACCUACCAUGGCGUUACAUGCCAACUUUUCCAUCAACUCCAUCUUUUCCUGCUGAUGCUUCUCGUCAGUUCCCCGUAAUAUCACGCAGUUAUUUGAACGGAUACAUGAUGUACUGCUCGGGCGGACACCCCCAUCGAAGAAAUACGCUUCCAGAUCCCUUCUCCGUUGGGCUUGUGCCCGCGCUGCUGGACGCGUGCAUGCAUGUCCUCCGGCUAGAGCAGGCCGAUAUCGCGAGCCGAUGAAAUGUACCUCGGAAAAAUAUUGGCCAUCUCCCAACUCUGGAGCCAAUUGGGUUCCCUGUCGGACCUCUGCAGCGAAUACUAUGGUUUCCUAAUCGGGACG